GCAACUACUUUUCAUAUUUUCAUAUAUAUAUAAAUGUCAUAAGUAUAAAACACCUACAUGUAUGCUAAAAGUUUUAAACAAAUUACAGCUAAACUUAAACACAUCCACUGAUUGUGUGCUUAGAUAAAAAUAUCCCAUAAAUUGGACGAAAAAAUAUCUUUAUUUUGGUACGUCACCUUUGCCAGUAAGUCCAAUAGCCUCAGUUAGACCUGCUAACUCUAAACGAAAAGGUAACUGGAACAAUAAUUUUUUGGCCGCUUCCAACAUAAUUAGAGAUGUGUUUUCUAUUUAUAAAUCGGUCCAUUAGUUCAACGUCGAAAUGAAGAAAAUAAGAUUUUUAACAUAGUGUGGUAAUUCGCAGCGAUUCCUAACCUACUGCAAACCAUUGCUCCCACUCCACUGCUCAAUCUCUUUAAAAUCUUGCUGGAUUUAAACAAUUCUUUGAUACAGUCAAUUUAAAUGACACAAUGAUGCAGUAGAUGACGAAAAGUGACGGAUAAAUGAAAGUGAAUUAAUGUUAAUAAUUUUUCUAGAGAUAAUGUUAAUGUUCGCAGUACUUUGAUUGAUUAAUAAGAAACAAUAAUUUUCAUCAAAACCUAGUAUUUAUCUAUUCAGUUAAUAACUUAUAAUUAUAUUGAGUAAGCAAGUAAAUAAGUAAAAAAGCAAGUGUAUAAAUUAGUACGUAGAUACUUAUUGAUUAGUAGAUAUAUUGUUGGGUGUCUGUUAAAAGAUGAAUUGAUAUCAAUGCGUUCAUUCGCUAUAAGAAGUCAUUGCUGAUCGGAGCUGUCAAAGGAUUGUCCAGAGAGAAUUGGGAUAUUAAGCUCAAAUGUGUUAGAUUUGAAAUGUUUAAUAGUUUAUCAAUAAGUGUUCUUAUGAGGGUUAAAAAUAAUCCAGUGAUGAGCGCAUCUUUUAUUGUAUCAUACAGUAAGCAUUCACCUAUCAGGGUCUGUGGAUUAAGAACCUACAGGCGGAGAUUUUGGUAUAAAGCCCCCAUCCUAUUCCAACCAAAGCAGCCUGAAUAUUUCAGUAGGUCAUUAUUUUCAGAUAACUAAGAAUUGAAAAGAGAAGAUUUUUAACAUGUUCUGUUGAUAACGGAAUGUUUUAUUAAAGUAACUGGCGCUAAAGUUGGUAAAAUGAAAGCACAAGACUUCGCGUAUGUACCUUCUAGUGCGCGCUGGAAGAAUGUAAACUUUUCUUUGUAUGCAGUAAGCGUUAGAGAUUUUUUAAAGUUAGUCCUAGAUAUGCAUUCUGAAAUAUUAGAUGGUUUUGAUUGAAUCCAUAACGCAAAUAUUUUCAAGUAAACUUUGAAUGAACACAGUGUUUCAAAACUUUGAAUCGAACAAGAACCUAUCCUAAUUUUUAUUCAAUACCCAUUAUUUGAAAGAAUAUUUGGCAUGGAAGCCAUUUUGGCGUUGAAUGAUUUUCAUUGCAUUUAUCUGACGUCAUAUGGAUGAUGUUAUAUUAACAAGCUUGUUUCAUUUUAAGAAUUCAGUCUUUUUCAAGUCGAAAUGACACAGGCAUUUAUUUCGUGGGAUACAUGGACGAGCUCAACCCUCAUGCGGUAAGAAGUGAUUCUCAAUCAGAAUACUAUUUAUCUCUGAUUUUUGCAUUCAUUUUAACUUUCGCAAAUCACCAUCGGUUUUGAGACGAAGCUGACCUCCAUUGGUUAGUAAAAAGAACCGACCUAACAUCAAUGAGGUGGCCGAUCAUUUAUUUUAUGUUGAAUAAUCAUGACUGUAUUGUUUUUGUGAAUCAAAAUUUACCAAGUUUAAGCUGGAUAAUGUGUGAGAAGGAAGAACCGCAGGAUAGGCUGUCCACCGGAUUCUGUGAAUCUUGCAAUGAGUAUAAUAUAAAUAUGAGGAUAAAAUUCAGAAACAAAGCAAAACGGCGACGAGAAUCCAAUGUUAUGAGAUAAAUUUUCCAAAGUAAAUUAAAUUAAAGGAAUACUAAUAUUUCGCCCCGGCAUACAGGGCUUCAUCAGAGUAAAUGAAACGAACGAGUGAAUGAAUUUGAAAUGUGAGAUGGUGAUGCCGGAUUGGUGGAUGUUGAAUGGUGUGAAUGCAGCGCAGUGGAGAAAAAAUGGGAUGAUGGAAGUGGGGGAGGGAAGGGUGGUGGGUGAUGUAAGGGAAUGUGGGUGUUGCUGUAGAGAUUGAUGUAAUGGGAUGAUAAUGAUUACUGUGAUUAUGAAUAUAGAAAAACACUCUAAUGAAGCCCUGUAUGCCGGGGCGAAAUAUUAGUGUUCGUUUAAUUUAAUUUAUUUUGGAAAAUUUAUCUCAUAACAUUGGAUUCUCGUCGCCGUUUUGCUUUGUUUCUGAAUUUUAUUCUCAUAAAGCUGGAUAGCUGGUUAAUACGAUUUUUGAUAGCUUUAGGUGAAAGCUCAUAACAAUUUUUGCCAAAGUUCAUUUCUAUCUAAGAUUUAGUGUUUUCACUCAAUUUGUCAGUUUUAUAAUUUUCUCUUGACUAUAAAUUUUAAAGGGUGUUAUUGGUAAAAAGAUAUAUAUGUUUAAAAACAUUUAUUAGUAUUUAUUUUGAUUCUUAUCGUAGAGCCCUUCGUACAUUCAAACUUCGUAAUGAAAACCAGACAAGUUUGUGAAUUUAAACUCAGUUACGGAGCAUGCACAUUGGCAAAACAUUCACAAACUCAAGUAAAUCAUAUGUUGGAAGACUUACAGAUUAAUUAGUAUCAUUUUAUUUGGAAAGGCGUGAAAAAGAUCAAAGAUGGACAACAAGUUGAUCUCUAAGGAAAAUGAGCAGCGGUUGUCAUACCUCGAUAUGAAUGCGAGACACGAAAUUAACCAGAGUAUCGAGAACCUGAAAAACACAUUGAUUGAUAAUUUGGAAAAAGUUUUAAGAAGGACCUCAAAGGACUUUCAAAAUGUUGAUUAUAUAGAGAACACUGGCUUGUACAACGAAGGCAGGCCAGAGGAAAAUUGUAACAUUUCUGGACGAAGCAAUCAUUUAGUGAAGGGAACAUUGAAAAGGUUUGAAGAAGGAAGCUCCACUAAAGACCUGGCAUGCGGUUACUUAAAACAGAGGUCUAGUAUUUUGAAGACGGUUGCUAAUGUUGCCUCAAAGCUAUCCACUUCGAAUGGUGCUGAAGAUAGAGAUGAUGCAAGUUCACGCGCGGCUCAACGACAGAUGCGGAUUUGGACGGAUGUGGCAAUCGAUCUUGAUGGGUAUUACUUAGAAUUGCUGAACAGAUUUCUUCGAACUGGACGUAAAACAACAGGUGAAAUGAAAGGACGGACAUUAUUAACCCAUCGUUUGUCCGAAAGCACAAUUGAUGAUUUGAAUAGAAACAAACGAAAACAGAUGUUCCAGUCGCAACACGACAUACAUGAUGACGUCAUUCUUGGUCAGCUGCAAGAGCCUUUAGGCAUUAAUAAGCCAACAGUGAAUGAUUUUAUUGAGGAUCUACUUAAUAGCACUAACGCCAAGCGACAGUAUGCCGUCUGUUUCUUUGAUAAUGAGGCUGUGAGUGAAAACGAGGAUGAAACCGUGUCUAGUAAGGUCGAUAAUUGUGAUGAAAUCGAAGACUGGAAUGAAAGUGUCGGGACAGACAAUGAAAUUACAGACAAUGAAACAAAAGACGUUAGAGUUGAUGAGGUUGAACGGCAAGAGGCAUGUAACUUUGAGAAUGUUGAUGUGAACUUCAAGGAGUAUGUCACAGAGCAGGCCAACGAACUUGAAAACAGAAAAUCUAUUAUCGAAAAACUAACGGAAGAAAAUCUUGAGAUGAUGGGUGCACUCGAAAAUGUUGAAGAAUAUGAAAUUCAGAAAGAAAAAGAAAACGAAAGGAUAAUCCAAGAAGUCAAAAAAGAAUAUGAGAGCAAAUUUGAAGAAAAGAACUCUGAGAUAUGCGAGCUUAAGACAAUAUUAAGUAAAGUUGCCUGUAGUACACAUGAUGAUCAAGGUGGAGAGGAAUAUUGUUUAGAGGGAAAGGUGUAUAAGAAUUGGCCUAACCUUCCUGAUUAUGGAAAACUAAGUCAGUGUUUUGAAGAUGCAUGCAGUCAAUUGAAACUGCUUGCUUUGAUUGCGAAAGAUUGUGGUGGAUCAAUUACAGGAAAAGAGGAAAAUUGUUCGAAAUUACAACUUUUGGAUACUGCAUCAGAAAAUACUGAUAAUAAUCUUAUCAAUUGGAUUAUUGACCAACUUGAGCAGCUUUGCAAAAAGAUUGAUUAUCUCGAGGUAAAUGAUGAGAAUUCUAAGAUAAGCAAUGAAAAACGGCCUUCAAAGGAAAUCAUCGAUGGUUUGUUUGUGAAGCUUUGUCAAGCUGCAGAACAGAAGAAUGAAAUGAUUAGAGAGAUGGAAGCAAAGGCUAAAAUAUUCAAACAAAACUUCCAGAAAUUGAAAUCGCAGCUUAUGAAGAGCAGAAACAGAUUAGAAUCUCUUGUUGAGCAAACUGAUGAACAAGAAAUACAAAUAGCGGAAAAGGAUGAGGCUAUAUCUGCCCAAACAGAAGUUCUGAGCCAGCAAGAUCUUGAACUAGCUGAUUUGAGAACUCAGAAUGAAGUUUUGAAUGCCAAGAAUACUUCAUUACUAGAGGAUUUAGCAUCUGCCAAAGAACAUGCAUUGUUUUUAGAGGAAGAGCUCAAACAUUCAACACUGAUAGAGCAAGACAAAUGCGAGGAAAAUGAGAGACUUGUUGAGUAUCUUGUCAAUAUGGAGAAGAUUGCAUCGGAGAUCGCUGCUCCAAAGAAACGCAUAACUGAACAGGAAUUCAAUUUCUGCAAAAAUUGCAACGCUUUCAUAAUUUAAUUGUAAAUUUUAUAAAAAUACUACCUUCAUAUGAUUAGCUUAUAUUUUGCAUAAAUAAAUAUUGCAGUAUUUUUGUUUAUUUGCUUUUGUAUUGAUCAAAUAUCUCUUCAUUCUAUUGUACAAUAUAUGUUUUCCAUUUAACGUUGUUAGUUAAUAGCUUCAUAUUUGCCAAAAAUGAAUUACGGAAUUCAAAUCUUCAUGCUUAAAUUAGCCUGUGCCGAAAAUUUCACAUUGUUCAGUCAGACCAGUAAUUACGCUGUUUUCCAUUUCACUAAAAUUUUCUGCUGCAGUGAAAACAUUUCCGAUCAUGACGUACAAUUCCAGUCGAAUAUAGGAUGUAUCUCAAUAUUCAGAACGUAGAUACUUGCCACCUAACAGUCCAAACGGCAUAAAUUUUUCAGUAUAAACUAAUUUCAAAAUAAUGAUUACAAAUCUGAGGUCUAAUUUUAUCAAAGUCCUGUAGAUAGGGGAAUGCAAAAUCGAUGACGACAACUUGGAACCGCGAUUGAAGAAUUGUACAUGUUGAUAGGUUAUUAGUUGAAGUGCUAGCCUCGAUAUCUGCACCAAUCGCUCGAUCAAGCCUCAGUUUCAACCGUAAAGACCAGUUACACACUAACGUUUAGCAAUCCUUGUAAAAGAUGCAUAUUGGUUCGCUUCUUUGGGUUAAGUGAUGAUUUUUCUGCCUAGGGCGGAUUCAUUAGAGAUAUAAAGCCUUUUGUAAGACAUAGAAUGGCUAAUAUUGUCAUGUUUAUAUGUACAUGUAUGUGCAAAAAACAGUGUAUACAUAUGAUAUAUUUAACACACUUAGCAAGUGUGAUACGAUCAUAGCUCAUUAUUUUUUAAAGACAGUCUACAGAACGAUUAAGACCAUGCUGGGCUUGCAGAGGACAUUGCGAUCCCUAGGCCUUAUGGCUAUCUUUUUAAGGGGCCCUGUGCAACAGGACCAAUUUGUUUUAACAUAGUCAACUAAGAUGUUUAUUUCAGUUAGGAGAAACUCUUUCAUCCUUGAGAGAAUUUCAUAAAGAAAGUAACAAACAAAACAAAGAGAGAAAGACUCUCAUUCAGCGGAAUGCUCUGUGUUGUGGUCCUGACGUACAAUCAAGAGAGCCUUGAAUUACCUCAACUAGCUGUCCUUCGUCAUAAAAAUUCGAUGUACUCGGACCAUCAUUGUAUUACACUGGGACAUCAGUUCAAAUUGACCCACCGUGAGACUUAAAACCAUAGAAAUGCUUAAAACCAAGGAGCUGCUACAUUUAUCGAUCUAGUACCAGUGCCGUGAAAGCGAUACGAAGAAUGUCCCCCGGAGGCGUUGACAUGAACUUAUGAGAAGUGAAGAUCACGUUAGCUGCUUUUGGUGCUUCGUUUAAUUUCAUGGAGAGAAUUGUAGACCUCCAGGGUUUUCACGGCAUGAUUAGAAGCAGUUGCAAGAUGGUUCGAAAUAUUUGACGUAUUUAUGCAAGAAUUGGGGGAUGAAAUACAGGUUUGGUUUCUUAUGCUGUAAGAUACAAUCAGAUGAAUGAAGGGGUUGCUCUUCGUCGAAAAUGGAAAGACAGAGAUUCAUUUAGAAGGUUGUUUGCAUUGGAACACAAUUAGAGAAGUGUAAAGGAACUGUAGCUGUUUUGCAGUGGCAAAAUGAAGAAGUUUCGGUAGACAAGGCACGGCUAUAUAACGAGAAAUAGGCAAUUUGCAUGUUGCAGAUAUUGAGUAGAGACUUACUCUUGACGACCUUCGUAUGAAUUGAAAAUGAAAGAUUCGUAUACAAGGUUCUUGUUUAUCAUUGGACUUUGGGCAAAACUCGUUUAUGGUGAAAUCGUAAAGGACUUUAUAGAGAGCUCGAAAAUAUGGAAUCAAAGCAAAGAUUGCAAUAUAUGCUAUAAGGUGUUGUCAGGGGAGUGAGAGAGUUCCCAUUGGCAGACAUGUAGGUGAGGUUCCAUUCAAUGGCUACCCGUAUUAAAUGUCCUUUGUUUCGAAUGUUCAGAGAAAGGUAUGGAGAAUUCCUCCCAGCCUUGAUUUUGCAUUUGGAAAACCAGAUCAACUUGGAAUUUUAAAACUUUUGAUGAUAGCAAAACACGGCUCAAUUUAUCAUCUGUAACACCUGGCUGUAUCAGUGCCCCGAAUAACUGCAUGCAGAAAGAAUCUGAUUCUAAAGAUUUUUUAAAUGCGAUGAAAUUUUAAAGGAAAAGAUUAGUGGUCUGUUUCACUUUUUUUUGCUGUAUUUACAAUUAUUUUUCUCGAGGAUCAAGCACAUAUGCUUGAGAACUUGCUGUUUCAAUUAUUUCCGUUAGACAGCAAGGAAUAAGAAUGGUAUUGGAAGUUUGUUUUAAUUUGUCUACACACGCAGGGAAUGGUCUGUGUAUGCUGAAAGCUAUAAAUUUUCUCUUCCCAAAAACGGUUCGUUUCUGACAUAAAUUUAAUUCAGUGCUUGGCUAGGAAG